GGGAUGUUGUGCCACACAUUCAACAUCCUCUCAGGCAAAGAUACUUAAGCCGUAGAUUUCCCCUCUCAAUCCAAAUGAAAGCACAACAUCUCUCCUUCUGUACCUCAUUUUAUCACAUCAAGCACAAUGACCGCUCACAGUUACACCAUUCGUCCAGUCGAAUUAUCCGAUAUUCCUGCGCUGGGUGAUCUUCUGUACACCUCCAAGCUGGCUCUAACUAUCAACCGCCUUUUGUUCAAGAAUUGGCCCAAUGAAGCUGUCCAACGGCAGAACUAUCUCGGUGCAUUGGAAGGCAUCGAGGUGGAUUCACCCGAAUCUCGGACUGUAGUUGACAAUGUCACCGGUGAAGUCAUCGGCCACCUCGCUCUUAACCGCCGCCGACCGGUAGAGAGACCGGAACAGUCCCAUGGGGGGAUCAAAAAGCCGGACCUCCCUGACUUCUUCGCCCCUGAAGUCGUGACGGCGGUGUUGGAAGCAGUUGCCACGAUUGACCAAGAAGUAAAGACCACCGACCGCUAUGAGAUUACAUACAUAGUUGUCAAGUCUGAACACCGUCAUCGCGGUAUUGGAAAGGAUCUGAUGGACUAUGUGUUCAACAAGGCACGGUCUGCGGGCGUUCCUGUUGCCGUUAGCGCCGAGCCGCAGGUCUAUGAGUUUUUCAAGAAAUAUGGCUUCCAUGAUACGAAGCAUGUGGAUUUCGAUCUCGCUCAAUGGGCUCCGCCACACUCGGGCUUUGGCAUUUUCAGGUUGGCGGGGUUAACAUGGCACCCUUGAGUCGAAUGGUGUUUUUACAAGUCAAUUGGUAUAGGUCGUGGCGCAAGAUAGUUGCAAUAUGAUAUCGGAGACAUUGGAAAGAUGGGUAGUGCUCUUGGUUGCAUUUCUCUAGACCUUUAUAGCAAGAUGGUCUUGUGACUCAAUUUCCUCGGUGACCCUCAUAAUCUUGGCUUCGAUCUCAAGCCUUAAUGCCAAGUAUCACUAAGCCCUACCAGAGCGGAACAACAAUUCUCCCAGGGGAGGAGGGGGUGGUUAAGCGUACUGAACAGAACCGUUAACUUGUACUUGUAUCCUUAAGCCAUCUUUUCU